AUGGCUGCCAAGCACGGACACUCAGGUUCCGAGACGGUUGGCUUGAAGCUGAUCAACUGCUCGAUUCCUCAGUUCCGUGUCCGGUGCUCCUCAGACAUAUCCCAUGGAGUAUUCGACGCGUGUGCACAGGCGGAUCCUCUCCGGACCCUUUCAGACGUUCCAUCCAAGUACACUUCGACCUUUGCGUACUUUUUCCGGUUUGUGUACCCGUCAGUCAUAUGCAUUGAUUGA